AUGUCGCAGAGUUGGAAUCAACAACAAGGCCAUGAAACACCUGUAGAUGGCGGCGAAGUGGCCAGUUCGGGAGCCGGCACUGCUGAAACGACGGCCGAGAAUUUGGGGACGAGCGGAGCGGGUGGUGCUAGCGGACAUGGCGAAGGGAGUCACAAUUCGUCCAACAGCGAACGUAAAUACCUUCUUCCAUCGCUAGGCGGAUUCGAGAAUGGGAGCUCGAGACUACCGUCCAUGUCAGCGCCUCAGACGUCGAACGGAUCACCUCCAAGCAAAGGAUUCUCGCUGGCGAGCCUGAACAAUCCGCUGCCUUCGCAGCCCGAGCCCCAGAAUGUUGGAGGCGUGGGUUCUCAGGGCCCUGCCACUCUUCCCGAGGUCUCGAGCCCCCAGAGCUUUCAAGGGUCUCUGUUGAAUCCUCGCGGGCCUUUGGGGCCCGAUUCGACCCAGGAUCUGUCAUACAGGCCGUUGAACGUGAAGGACGCGCUGUCGUAUCUCGAACAAGUGAAAUUUCAGUUCAGCAAUAGACCCGACGUUUACAACCACUUUCUGGACAUCAUGAAAGAUUUCAAGUCGCAGGUCAUCGACACUCCUGGAGUUAUCGAAAGAGUGUCGACCCUAUUCCAGGGUUUCCCCACCCUCAUACAGGGAUUUAACACUUUUUUGCCUCAGGGCUACAAGAUCGAGUGUUCGAUGAAUCCGAAUGAUCCGCAUCCCAUCAAAGUUACGACUCCCUACGACAUACACAAUGAACAACCUUUGGGCUUGCGAACGACUCCCGUUGGAGAAGCGUCGGAGCAUCCAGCCGCACCUGUUUCAAGCACGGACGCUAGUAAUCCACCACGCCCUGAAGAUAUGAGCGAGUCCGGCAACUUUAAUGUGGCAGAACAGCAAACUCAAAUUCAGGAUUUGGAAGCCGCUCAAGUCGAAAAUAUGCGUCAGAAUCAGCUGCAAAACUUGCAUCCUCAACAUCUGCAACAACGACAGCAAGAAACCCCUCCAAAUGCGACAGUGGCAGCCCAGAAUGCGACUCACCUCCCAUCACUCGCACAGCAGCAGACAGCUUAUCAACAGGAACGAAAGGCAGGUGACAUCGAAUUUAGUCACGCGAUCAGUUAUGUCAAUAAGAUCAAAACAAGAUUCGCGGACCAACCCGAUAUUUACAAGAGGUUCCUCGAAAUUUUGCAAACUUAUCAACGCGAGCAGAAGCCAAUUCACGAGGUUUACGGACAAGUGACUAUUCUUUUCCAGAAUGCGCCUGACCUCUUAGAUGAUUUCAAAAAAUUCCUUCCAGAUGCCAAUGCUGCCCAUCAACAUCAACAGCAUGGUCUACAGUCGCAUCAACAAGUUCAUUUGCAGCAGCCUCCAUAUUCUCAGCAACAAACUGCGCAAUCUCAAAGCAAUAGGGCCCCUCUCAAUGGUCCUGGCCCUUACUUCCCACCUCAACAAGUCCCCUCCCAAAGCUUGCCACCACUAGGUAGCUUCUCUCCUCCAGUUAAUGGUCGGGAGGGAGAGUCCCGAAUGGCACUUCCAGCAGUACAAGCUCCUGCGGUGGAAUUGGCUCCGGAACAGCAAGGCGUUGCUCACCACAUCGUCACUCAGGGCAUGUCAAAUGAUGCCAUACCUAUUUCGGAACUGCGCACGCCCAUAAAUGGCAAUUACUAUCCUCACGUGAACCAGGCGGCUAACUUGCAGUAUGUUGAAUCCAUCUCAAGACCAGAGAUAGAUCUCGAUCCAAGUCUGGUGCCUGUAAUACCUGAACCUAUCAAACCUAUCGAAGACGAUAUUAAUCUGAUUGAAGAAAGUUCUUUCUUCGAUAAAGCCAAGAAACAUAUUGGUAACAAACAGGUUUAUACAGAAUUUUUGAAAAUUCUAAAUUUGUUCUCGCAAGACCUAAUUGAGCUGGAUGAACUGGUUCACAGGGUAUCCUACUACCUUGAUUCUAAUAAGGAAUUGAUUGAUUGGUUCAAGGGUUUUGUAGGAUAUGUCGAGAAGCCAAAGCACAUUGAAAACAUUGUUCACGAGAAACACAGAUUGGACCUGGAUCUUUGCGAGGCAUGUGGUCCAAGCUACAAGAAACUACCCAAGACGGACACAUUUAUGCCCUGUUCUGGUCGAGACGAGAUGUGUUGGGAAGUUCUAAAUGAUGAGUGGGUUGGCCAUCCUGUUUGGGCAUCAGAGGAUUCAGGGUUCAUUGCACACCGUAAAAAUCAAUAUGAAGAGACUUUGUUUAAGAUUGAGGAAGAGAGACACGAAUACGAUUAUUACAUUGAAGCUAACUUAAGGACAAUUCAGACGCUAGAAACUAUUGCAAACAAAAUAGCAAAUAUGACGGCUGAAGAGAAGGCGUCCUUUAAACUCCCGCCUGGAUUGGGCCAUACUUCAACGACCAUCUACAAAAAAGUAAUCAGAAAGAUUUACGACAAGGACAGGGGCUUUGAGAUAAUUGAGGCGCUUCAUGAAAAUCCCGCUAUUUCCGUCCCGAUUGUAUUGAAAAGACUGAAGCAAAAGGAUGAAGAAUGGCGGCGUGCACAAAGGGAAUGGAACAAAGUUUGGAGAGAAUUGGAGCAGAAAGUGUUUUUCAAAUCUUUGGAUCAUCUUGGGCUGACUUUUAAGCAAGCCGACAAAAAACUUUUAACAGCAAAGCAGCUUGUCUCGGAAAUCAGCAGCAUUAAAGUCGAUCAAACAAACAAGAGAUUGUAUCCUUUAACUCCGAAACAGAAAAGCCAGCUGGAUUUUGAUAUCAAAGACAAAGAGAUUCUUUACGACGUCCUCUACCUCGUAAGCAUUUUCGUGGAUCAUAAUUGCACCUAUUCAGUUGGCGAUAAAGAAAAGAUUAUGGAGUUUUUCAAGCUACUUAUAUCUAUUUUUUUCUCUCUUCCAUUAAAAGAAGUCGCAAAGUCGCUGUCGGAAAGGGAAGGAACGGACUCUACGAAACACUCGGAGGACGAAAAUGGGACCGAUGGUCAAUCAAAAAAGCGAUCUCGAGAAAAUGAGCCUUUUUUUCAGGAGCUUUUGCGUAGCAGAAGCAAAACAUCGAAAUCGGAGCAGCCAGAUCUCGUAGAUAAUACUCAAAUUAACCUUUCUGAUGGCGUUGAAGAAGAAGAGCUGAUAAGACAAGAGGCUAAAAAGCCUUGGCUUUUGGGGACGAUUUUGGAAGAAUCUGACUUUCAUGGGUUUGUGCCUAAUCGCAAGGUGUUCAAUCUCUUUGCAAAUACUAACAUCUAUGUGUUUUUCCGGCACCUCUUUACUCUGUAUUCGCGACUUCAUGAGGUGAAGCAGAUGAACGCGGAAGUAACGAAAGACAUUGGUAAUAGGAGAACCUCGCAAUUUGCGAAAGACUUAAAUCUCAUUUCAACUCAAUUAUCUGAAAUGGGUUUGGACUUUGAAGUGAGUGACGCUUACAAGCAACUUUUGGCGCUUUGCAAAAAAUUGAUUGAGAAUAAUAUUGAACAUCAAUGGUUCGAGGAGAGUUUACGCCAAGCCUACAAAAACAAAGCCUUUAAAAUCUAUACCGUAGACAAGGUUGUUCAGGCCGUUGUUAAGCAUUCUCAUGCCAUUGUCACAGAUGUCAAAACAGUUGAGAUAAUGUCGCUUUUCGAGAAAGAUAGGGCGUCCAAAUCAACUAGCGCAAAAGAACAAAUUCUUUAUCGCCUUCAGGUGAGAUCCUUCAUGGGACUUUUGGAAAACAUGUUUCGCAUUGAGUACAAUGAGUCCACUUCUCAUGUCGCAAUUCAAUUCGUUGCAGUUGACGACUUAACGUUGAAACAGUCCGAUUCGAUGCAAGAUCGUUGGAAGUACUACCUGACAUCCUAUUCCCUCUCUCAUCCAACUGAGGGUAUAUCACACGAGGACAUCAGAAUGCCAUUCUUAGACAAAAGCGUGGAUGAUGAAAGCGAUGCACAAGAAGAUGGUGAUAAGCCGUCACCCGCGGGCAUCUCUAUCUCCCAGAUGAAGGUAAAAGUCGAUCCGAAAACCUAUGCUCUCGAAAUUGAACCCCAAUCCAAGGAUGUUUUUUCCAGGUCUGCGGUAAACAGAUGCCCCAGCAAGCUCCUAGACACGACUGAAGCCUCAAGGCAAGAGAAACGGAAAGCUGUCAACGCUUUUCUUGAUAGUAGUAAAGGUUGGAAAAGAGGUCUCACUCAGGAAGAUGUUGCUAAGGGAGCAGAAGAUGUUAAGAAGCAUCUGGGCAACGUCAGUGGCUCAACAGCCGAAAGGCCUGGGCUUGAAGAUUACGUCGCACAGGGACAAAAUGGGCACCCCUUCCCCACGCCUAAUACUGAAGUUAAUGUUGACGACCCGCAAAACGUUGCCAUGAGCACUUCAGGCGGGACUUAA